GAUGAAGCUCACACCCCUGCUCCUGCUGGCGACCCUCCUGGGGCUGAGUGCCACCUCCGCCUCGGCCUCCGACGACCGAGAGGCCAGGAUCUUCGCCUACUACUCCACCACCUCGGUCACCAGCCUCACCACCGUCACCAUCACGGGUCUCUCCACCUGCGUCUCCACCACCACCACGGCGUGUCUCGGGAGGAGGAAGAGGGCGGCCUUUAGCUCCUUCGCCGAGCUGGAGAACGAGCGGGACGACCAGCCCAUCAACCUGGACGGAAGCCAAGGCGACGGCGCUGACGAAGUGCACGCCCGCGCCGAGAGAUCCCUUGACGGGGAGGAGAGCGAGGAUGAAGGCCGAGACGGGAAGAGGCUCACCAUCUGGUCCACAAACUUCACCACGCUGACUCUCACGUCGACGUCCGUCCAGCCUUCCACCACCGUCACCGCCUCCGCCCUGUGCGCUGCUCCCGGCGUCACCCAAGGUUGCUUCAUCGGUUAAGAGAAAAAAGAAAAGGAAAGAAACGCAGCGGUGCGUCGUUCGUUCUGACGUCACGCAGCCCCGCCCUCUUUCCCCGUCGGCUCCUCCUCCUUCCCUUCGUUAGCUCCGCCUACAUAUUAUUUAUUUUCCCCGAUGUUCGGCUAGGCUUUUAGAUUUUUCUUUUUUUUCGCGUGUUGUCAGCAUAUACUUUUUGUUUUCGUCACAUGUUUUGCAAUUGUCAAUCAUUUUCAUUAAUUCAAUUACUAAAAUAAUGAAAUUCAGUACAGAUGAUUCCGAAUACAUGAGAGAAAGGAAGGAAGGAAGUCGUAGGAGACGCAUUCGGAUGAUGAAUGGAUAACUUUUCUUGUUGUUAUUUAUUUUGAUUUAUGUUGUUCCUGCUCAGAACUUUACGUAUAUGUACAUAUUGUAUGAUAAAAUGUUUGUUAGUGUA